AUGGCUGAGCCAGAAAAGGGUGAGAGGAAAGGUGUGGAUUUGGAUACGAUCCUGGUGGAUGAGAUUGGCCAGUUUGGGAGAUAUCAGAUCUUGACGCUUGCUCUUGCGGCUUUCCCUGUGAUUUUCUCAGCGUUUGCUGCAGGAGAAUACAUCUUCACAACAGCCAGAGUUCCUUCACGAUGCCUUAUCCCGCAAUGUGACACAGAAAACCCGGAAUACGCUCCACCAUGGAUACUAAACGCAAUACCAGGACGAAGUUUAAAUGAUUUUGAAAAUUGCGAGAAAUUUGCGAACAGUUCCGCUUUCAGCGAGAGAAAUGUUUGUCCAGCAGAAUGGUUUAACAGGAAUCAAGUGGUUUCUUGCGAUUCUUAUGUGUAUGAGAACACUCUGAGUGUGGUUUACGAUUUCGACAUGGCCUGCAACGAAUGGCAGCGGUCUCUGAUCGGCACCAUCCGUACCAUCGGGACCCUCCUCGUCCUCCCGGUCACCGGCUACAUCUCUGACCGCUGGGGCCGCCGCGUGGCCCUCACGAUCAACGCCUUCAACACCGGCUGGAUUGGCCUUGUGAGGUCCUUCGUCAAUUCGUACGAGUGGUUCUUGGUGCUCGAGGUUUUAGAGUCCACGGUCGGUGCGGGCGCGUAUUCAUCGUGUUAUAUCUUGGUAACUGAACUGGUGGGACCUAAAUACAGAGUGAUAGCAGGAGCCACAAUGUCCACGCUAUUUGCGACAGGCCAAGUGAUUCUUGGGUUCAUUGCUUGGGGAGUCCCAUCAUGGCGACCUCUAACACAAGUACUAUACGCUCCACAGCUCUUAGUAGUUACUUACUUCUGGAUUCUAUCCGAAUCAGUCCGUUGGUUGUUGAGUAAAGGAAAAUAUGAAGAAGCGGAAACCAUUUUGAAGAAUGUCGCUAAGAGAAAUAAUAAAGAGCUAUCUGAAAAGUCAUUACAGGCUUUGCGUGAAAAUGCAGAAUACGAGAAGACGGCUGAAAAGCCAAAGGAAGCGUGGCUGCCUUUACUUGUUAUUCGGUCAAAGGUCAUUCUGUUUAGAUGCUGCGUUUCGCCAAUCUGGUGGAUUACGAAUACGCUCGUGUACUAUGGCAUGUCUAUUAAUGCUGUGAACUUAUCAGGUAACCGCUACUUGAACUACGUAGCCGUUGCUGCGGUGGAGAUUCCUGGAUACUGGACAGCUAUUUUACUGUUGGACCGCAUCGGAAGGAAGCCGGUGUUGAUUACCGCCUACUUCUUAUGUGCUGCUUGCCAGUUUGCAUUCGCUUUUAUGCCUGAAGGUAACGAGGGUCUAUCCUUAGCUAUAUACCUGAUCGGCAAGUACAGUAUAGCCGUGGUGAUGACGUCAGUGUACGUGUACACAGCAGAGUUGUACCCCACGAAGUACCGUCACAGUCUGUUUGCUUUCUCCUCCAUGAUUGGUAGACUUGGUUCUAUUACUGCACCGCUCACACCAGCUCUGGCCCAAGAAGUGUGGGAGCCAUUCCCAUCAGUGCUGUUCGGUGGCUUCGCGGCGCUAUCUGGUCUGCUGAUCUUCACCACGCCAGAGACCCUCGGCACGAAGCUGCCGGACACCAUGGAGGAGGCGGAACAGCUGGGAUCGCGAUGUGUUAUACCCGAAUGUGAUAACCUGGAAGCUAUCGAGUUCAAUCCAUCCUGGAUCCUCAACGCAGUACCAGCAAGUGGGAGCUCUUUUGACAAUUGUAGAAGAUUUAGCCCGAGAAAUGCAUCCGCUUUUAGAGACGUCUGCCCCGCUCAUCUUUUUAACCGCGAAAGUACCAUUGAUUGUGAAGAGUUUUUAUAUGAAAAUACUGAUACUGUUGUAUAUGAGUACGGCCUUGCUUGCGACGAGUGGAAGCGUUCCCUGAUCGGUUCCAUCCGGACGGUCGGCGUCCUCGCAGCUUUACCCAUCACCGGCUACAUAUCCGACCGAUGGGGUAGAAGAACUGCCCUCUGUAUUAAUGCCUUCAAUACUGCCUGGAUCGGAAGUCUGCGCUAUUUCGCCGGAACAUACGUUGGCUUCUUGAUAUCUGAAGUGGCCGAAGCUACUUUUGGUUCGGGCAGCUUCUCCUGUGCUUAUAUAUUGUUAAUGGAAAUCAUGGGACCAAAAUACCGCGUAGCUGCCGGCGCAACUAUGAAUACAUUUUUCUCUGUUGGUCAAAUAUUCAUGGGGCUGAUCGCUUGGGGAGUACCCAACUGGAAAACACUUACAUUAAUUUUAUACAUUCCACAAUUUAUAACCAUUUUGUACUACUGGGGCAUGUUUGAAUCCAUCCGUUGGUACAUGAGCAAGGGCCGUUAUGCAGAAGCUGAAAUAACACUAAAAAAAGUUGCAAAUAUUAACGGUACAUGUUUAUCAGAUAAAUCUAUAGAAGCUUUAAAAGCAUCUACUGAGGAAGAGAAAAGGAAUGCUCUGCUAGAUAAAGCUGAAAGGAAAUCAGAACCGUGGCUGAUUGUCCUUUUAUUCAGGCACAAAAGGGUCCUCCUACGAGUACUAGUUUCUCCAGUUUGGUGGAUCACAAAUACCUUCAUUUACUAUGGUUUAUCAAUCAAUGCUGUUAACAUGUCUGGCAAUAGAUACGUGAAUUACAUUGCUGUAGCGGCUGUGGAAAUCCCGGGGUAUUGGACAGCUGUUGUUUUAAUGAGCAAAGUUGGAAGGAAACCGGUUCUUACUGGAGCGUUUUGGGUGUGCGCUGCGUGUCAAAUUGCAUACAUAUUUAUGCCACAAGGUCUAUACGGUGUAUCGCUAACGGUGUACCUGAUUGGCAAGUACAGUAUAGCGAUGGUGAUGACGACGGUGUAUGUGUACACCACGGAGCUGUAUCCCACGCGAUACAGGCACAGUCUGUUCGCAUUCGCCUCUAUGAUGGGGAGGAUAGGGUCUAUUAUUGCGCCGCUUACACCAGCGUUUGGUGCAGCAAUAUGGGAUGACUUUCCAUUUGCUCUGUUCGGUGGUUUUGCAUUAGUAGCAGGUCUUCUUGUCCUGAAAUCCCACGGGAAAGGGAACUAUGCGGGGUUUUCUCUGAAAACGCGGAGAUACAUCUUCUAUAACAAGAAAACAUCAUCAUUUCUAAUCACAGGAAAACAUCGUGAUGGCAACCGGGAUUUUGGUCUGAAAUCACCAACCAGCAGUGAGCAAGCGUGGUGA